GGUCACUGCAACAAGCUCAGGUACAGUUUACCGAUGGAUGGGUACAGGACCUUGAAAUGCACCGUGUAGAACGAAAGACCAUCGUACGAACAAAGGUUACCAGAGUCAGCUGGGGAUUCAUGAACAUCAUCAGCGAUGUUUCUCCACAGCGGGCUCAUCAGUACCUGGUGACAGAAAGUCAAUCCAGCUCUGACUUGAGGCUGUUCAAGAAUCAGCUCCACUUGAUCUGGUUCCACCUCUACCACAGGCAGAGAAACACAGGCCUGGACUCUUUGUUGGCCAGACAAAAUCAUUGGUUUUCACAACUGGGUCCAGUUCCACCUGCAAAGGAUAUAAGGCCAGGGAGCAUGAUUUGUGCAAAGGCAGCUGGCAGAGGAAUGGCCAAGGAAAGGAAAGACCUCACUGAGCGAAAAAGAUGAGGACAAAAGCUGGUGAUGAUUCAGUGCAGCUGGUCUCAGGGGAUGAAGCAAAAGCCUGAUCAAUUUCUCUACAAAAACAAGGCUCAAUGAGACGGGGGAAGUAAACAGCGAUACAUUCACCCAGACUGCUGAUGUUCCUGUAUGAACUGAAAAACUUUGAACAUCCAAGAAAAAGCUGAGAUCCCACCUGAGAUGUUUUCUACGCCCUACAGACGAGGGGGCGCCACAAUGGUUGGGGAGAUGCUUUUUCCUUCAGUGGAACAAUGGAGCUUCAGGAGGUGCAGGAGUGUCAAAAGGCUGCUGGCUAUGUCCAGAUGAUGCAGAGAGCAUUCCUCGUGACUGAGGGUCCUCAUCUGUGUGGUAACGACUGGGUUUUUCAACAGGACAACGCUACGGUACACAAUGCCCGUAGGACAAGGGACUUCUUCCAGGAGAAUAACAUCACUCUUUUGGACCAUCCUGCGUCUUUCCCUGAUCUAAAUCCAACUGAGAAUGGACAACAGUUCCAGACAGUAGACACCCUUCGUGUGGCCCUCUUCACCACUUGGAGAAAUGUUCUCACUCACCUCAUGGAAACGCUUGCAUGAAGUGAUCAACAACAACAGCGGACCAAUUAAUUAUUGAGUUCAAGUUUGGAACUUUCUGUUUUGGGGGUUUACCCAUGUUUUUUGGAGGUGUGGUCCUAAACUUUUGAUCAGCUGUAAAACAGCCUGUUUCAGUUUAAGCGUUGUCUUUAAUAAAUUGCAUGCUCAAAAAAUGUUUUGCCUUACUCCUAUUUCUUCUUGUUGCAUGUUGAAGCUCUACUUGGAACCUUGUUAAGAUCCAACCAUGCAAAAUAUGAUUUUUUGCCAUUUUUCAAAUGGUCUAAAACUUUUGAUCAGGACUGCUGUUAUUUUUAGGUUGUACAAUUUGUUUUCGUCAGCCACAUACAUCACAGUGGACCAACACGUGCAGCCUGUGUUCAGACAAGUUUUGAGCAAAAAAAAAAAAAAAGUAGCUUAUAUGUAACCUCCUUUAUUUGUUGAUGAAAAGAAAAAAACUGAAAUGAAGUUAUGAAGAUGCAUUGGAAAAAAAAUUAUAUUU